AUGGAAGGGGGAACAAAUAGUGUGUCUAAUGGGGAGAUAGCACCGGUUGAAAAGUAUUUGGAUAAGUUUGAUAAUGACAUGAUAAUAGCAUGGUUGUGCACUUUUUCAAUGGACAUGUUCGUACAUAUGAGAGAACCUAUCAGGGACAGCAAAUUGUCAGGACCCGAAUGGGUAAGAGAGAUUGUUUAUGGACAUUCAGAUAGAAUAUAUGAAGCAUUUAGAAUGGAGAGACAUGUUUUUCUGAACCUAUGUGAUUUAAUGAGGGCAAGAGGUUGGUUGAAAGAUAGUCGGUAUGUUAGGAUAGAUGAACAAGUUGGGAUCUUCUUAUCUUUGGUUGGUCACAAGAACUCCGUUAGAGAUAUAUGUGAGAGAUUCCAACAUUCGGAAGAAAUAAUUAGCAAGUAUUUUAUCGUAGUGUUGAAAGUCAUUAUGAAACUAUCAAAAGAGGUUAUCAAGCCACCUUCUUUUGAUGUUGUCUUAGAGGAGAUUCUAAUGGAUCAUAACCAUAAACUCUACUUCAAGAUAUGCGUAGGUGCUAUUAAUGGCACCCACAUUAAUGCUUCUGUGCUUGUGUCAAAGAAAAUCCCAUUUAGAGGCAGGAAAGGGAUCACCACCCAGAAUGUCUUGUUUGUUUGUUCAUUUGAUAUGAAAUUUACUUUCGUAUAUGCUGGGUGA